CCGCAGCGCAGGCGCAGUAGCUGCCGGUGCCGCCAUUGCUGUCCUGUCAGUGCGAGGGUCCCGGGAGGGAGAAGCCGGUAGAGGCGGCACCUGAGUUGCAGUUUGUAAAGAUGGAGUUUCAAGCAGUGGUGAUGGCGGCUGGUGGAGGAUCCCGAAUGAUGGACCUAACUUCCAGCAUCCCUAAGCCUCUCCUGCCAGUAGGCAACAAACCUUUAAUCUGGUACCCAUUAAAUUUGUUAGAGCGAAUCGGAUUUGAAGAGGUCAUUGUGGUUACAACCAAAGAAGUCCAGAAGUUGCUAAACCUAGACACAAAGAUGAAAUUAGAUAUAGUGUGUAUCCCUGAUGAUGCAGACAUGGGUACUGCAGACUCACUAAGGCAUAUUCAUCAGAAAAUUAAGACUGAUGUCUUGGUACUGAGCUGUGAUCUGAUCACAGAUGUUGCUUUACAUGAGGUUGUGGAUCUGUUUCGAGCCCAUGAUGCCACACUCUCCAUAUUGAUGAAAAAAGCUCAUGAACCCACAGAAAUGGUACCAGGACAGAAAGGGAAAAAAAAGCCAGUGGAGCAGCGUGACUUCAUUGGAGUGGAUGACACAGGAAAGCGGUUGCUCUUCAUGGCUAAUGAAGCUGACUUGGAUGAAGAACUUGUCAUUAAGAGAUCCCUCCUUCAGAAGCAUCCUCGAAUGCACAUCAGGACAGGGCUGGCGGAUGCCCAUCUAUACUGCCUGAAGAAGUACGUGGUGGACUUCCUUGCAGAAAAUAGGUCGUUAACAUCUAUCCGAAGUGAACUGAUUCCGUAUCUAGUUAGGAAACAGUUUUCCUCUCCUACAUCAUUACGACAAGGACAGGACAACAAAGAGCAGGAUCAAAAGAAGGAUCAAAAGUCAUUAGACAUCUACAGUUACGUGAAGGGUGAUAGCUUGCUGGAAUUUGCUCCUGAUAAAUCGUGUUGGAAUGGUCACAGCAUAGAUCUGAAUGAAGCCUUGCACGGAGGAAAAGUGCGUUGCUACGUCCAUAUCAUGAAAGAGGGGCUCUGCUACCGAGUGAACACUCUUGGGUUAUACAUUGAAGCAAACAGACAGGUUCCUAAGCUGUUACCUGCUCUUCUGUGUCCAGAAGAACCAUUGGUUCAUGUGUCCGCUCAAGUCAUGGACAGAGGCCUGGUUGGAUCUGACAGCAUCAUUGGUUCAUCCACGCAGGUUGGAGAGAAGACAUCCAUUAAACACUCCAUCAUCGGCUCCACAUGCACCAUAAAAGACAGAGUUAAAAUAACUAACUGCAUCAUCAUGAACUCUGUCACAAUCGAGGAAGGGAGCAGCCUCCAGAGCUGCCUCGUCUGUCAUAACGCCGUGAUAGAGAAAGGAGCUGACCUCCGAGACUGUUUGAUUGGAAGCAGCCAGCGUCUGGAACCCAAAUCCAAACACGUUAACGAAGUCAUUGUGGGCAGCGAACAGCUGAUGGAAAUCUAACACGCCGGUUGUAAAGAUGCCUUUAAGGAAGCCAGAGCCCGCCUCUUCGGAAGACCCUUCGUCUGGAGCAGGCCUGGCAGAGCUCACGCUGUCAGCGCUCCUUUCCCGUGCAACUUUGUAUUUAUGUCUUAAUAAAGAAGCAUUUCCCGA